GAGGAAUUGUAUUAUGCAAACAAAUCCCACGUGAAGCUGAAUUAGAUUAAAUGACCCGAAAAGAAGUAAAUGAAGUUUUGAGUUUUGAGAGGAAAAUCCUUUUCUCAAAUGUCCUCUUCUUCCUCGAUCCAAUCAAUUUUAAAUCUUCAUUAUAAUAACAAUUACAAGUAGCCAUGUCAUGGCUCCCUUGUUCUUUAGCCAACUCUCUCCGUCUCCAUGAUGAUGAAGAAGAAGAGGGAGAAGGAGACAAGGACAAAACCCAAAACUACCAUUUAUCAGAUUCAACUUACCGGGAAAUGGAUUUAGAAAAUCGAAUUGAUAAUUCCUUUGAUAUUAACGAAGGUGGUGGUGUUAAGGAAGACUUAUCGGAACUGAAACAAACUUUAACUCGUGAACUAUGGGGUGUGGCUUCAUUUCUUGCUCCUCCUCCACCUCCACCUCCUCCUCCUCCUCCGCCGGUUGUUCAGAGAGUGAAAUUGGAUCUGAACCGGAUAGAGUCGGUAGAUCGAUCUAAUUUAUGUGGUGAACCAGAGAAGGAAUAUAUGGGGGAUUAUCUAGGAUAUUCGAAUUAUGAGGAAGUGGAGGAUAGUGUUUAUGAUGCUGUUGGAGUAACUAAUGAAGCGUUAACCUUCGCUAGAAAUAUAGCUCAUCAUCCUGAGACAUGGUUGGAUUUUUCCUUAGAGGAAGAGGAGUUUGACGAUUUCAAGAUCUCUGAAACCCAACAAAAACAUGUAUUUGCUGUUGAAUGUCUGGCACCAAGAUUAGCUGCUCUCAGAAUUGAACUUUGCCCUGUCCAUAUGAGUGAGGGUUACUUUUGGAUGGUUUAUUUUGUUCUUCUCCACACGAGACUUAAUAAGCAUGAUGCUGAGCUUUUAACUACACCCCAGCUUAUGGAAGCAAGGUCUAUGUGGAUGCAAGAGCUGCAAAAGAAGACAAAACCCGACUCAGAUUUUUUUGGUAUGAAUACACUUCUCAUGAAGGUGAGCACGUAUUCACCACAUAAAAGCUUUGAUUCUACCUCAUCCGAAGAUGCUCACUGUAAAUACUUUAUGCCCCAAAGAAGUUUUGGAUUUGAGAGUACAAAUCCAAAGAUCCAGUUUAUUGAUGAGGCUAUUAUUGUAGAAAAUCCUCCUAGUAAGAUCUUAGAAAAGGAGUCGGUGGCUGGUCCAUCUAAACCAUUGUUCUUGGAUUAUGAUGAGCAUGAGGAUGAUUGGGUACAAGAUAUUGAAGAGUCAGAGUGCUACUCUGGCACCGGCAUUUUAACGGGGAAUGAGGAGGAAAUUUCAUUUAGCGAUCUUGAGGAUAAUAUUGAUUGUACGAUGCCAGUGCAAUCAAAGCUAUUUUAGAAAAUUGGUAGCAUCACCCAGUACUUCUCACCGGAGCUUUUGAUUCAUUCUUGUUGGACCCAUAGAAUGCUAUGACCUCAUCUGAAGGGGAAUAAAGUGUGGUUGGAUUUUUCCAUGGCCCAGGCUCAUCAUGCUGAAUCUUAACCUUUCUGGCAACUUGGAAGUUCACACUUCAUGAGUAAUAUACGAUCUUGCUUUUCAUACUUGUUGCAUUUCGGGGGUCCCACUUUUGGAUGUCGGUCUUCCUUUUAUCGUGAACGUCACAAGCAAGCUAUUGCGAGAUGCCAAAAAUUGCAUCAUAGUGUAAAUUUGUAAUAUCCAUGUGUAAUUGUAAAGUGGGUUUCUUUCUUUGGAUAUACCUUCUAUUUAUUUCAUUUUUGAGGUUGCAUGUGUAUCUGGGCAAACACAUAAUUUCUAGUUCCCAGAAUCGUGAUUAUAUCUAUGCAUAGACUUUUGAAUGUCCUGUUACAGAUUGAACUUUCCAUGUAAGGUAUGGAUAAAUGGUAACCCCAUGAAUGGGAUUUUUUUGUUCCA